GGUCCGGGGGCGGGGGGCUCCGGGCCGCGCGGCCCCGUCGACGUCAUCAACGCGGGCCGGAAGAGGCGCCGAGAUGGACGCUGCGGUUUACGGUGCCUUGGCUCCCAAAGAGGCCAGAGAAUGUGACGUUCAGGCUCCGGAGCGCCGGCAGGCGGAUGCCUUCGUGAGGGCCUUCCUGAAGCGCAGCUGGCGCGGGAUCGCCGAAGAGACGCUCCAGGACGGCCUCCGCCGCAAAGCCGUCAUCCUGGAUUACUCCCUCUCCAAGAAGCCGAAGGAGAAGAGGAGGAGAUCCAAAGGGCUGUCCGCCAGGCGGAGGAGGGACCUGCGACUCUUCGAAAUUAAACCCGAGCAGCAGAGGUACGAUCUGUUUCUCCCUCUGCACAAGCUGUGGAAAGAAUACAUCCGGGACCUGUGCAACGGUCUCAGACCCGAUACGCAGCCGCACGUGAUUCAGUCCAAGCUGCUCAAGGCCGACCUGCACGGGGCCAUCAUUUCGGUUACCAAAUCCAAAUGCCCCUCCUACGUCGGCAUCACGGGAAUACUCCUUCAGGAAAUGAAGCAUAUAUUUAAAAUUGUCACCAAAGACGAUAAACUGAAAGUCAUUCCCAAGUCCAACUGCGUCUUUAGCGUGGAAAUUGACGGUUUCAUCACCUACAUUUACGGGAGCAAGUUUCAGCUCCGAUCGAGCGAGCGCUCCGCGAAGAAAUUCAAAGCGAAAGGCACGAUUGACCUGUGACCUCGAGGGAUACUCUGAAGUCGCCCGGGCAACGUCACCCGCGAAGGCCGGAGGAGAGAGGGAGAGCGAGGGAUCCGAAGUGGGAGGUAGAUCUCCCGAUGCCCGUCGGGACUGCCUUUUGUGCCUCCCCGAAGAAAGAUUCAGCGGGUGAUUUUUAAAUCGAGCACGUACCAAGGAGGGGCUAAUCUAACCUGACAGACGGUCGCCGGAGUGGCUUACCUUGUUCCGAAGUUGGAAGGGGCGGGUUGCCCAACGAUGGCAUUCUCACCCCACAUUCACAGAGUUAAAUUUGAAAGAAAAGGAAUUCUCGCCACCCUCUGCGGAGUAUAGAAGUCACUCGAAGAAACCUCCGGUGAGAGCCCAGGGCAGAGUCAAGGCAGUGAAGCGCACGGUCCCGACACCCACCUUGUCCAGAUUUUCCCAGAACAAGACGGAAAAACCUACAUUCGUUUGGCUGGUUUGUCAUUCGCUAAAGGAAGCUGAAACUGCCCUAUCUGGGGAGAAGUCAGGAACGAGAAGGGACAAUGAAUUUUUAUCGUGCCGGAUUCUUGUAUCUAACCGCAAAAGCUCUGAGACUCUGACUUGAUUUUUUUUUUUUUCCCCCUCCCUGGCAAAAAUAUAGUCCCUGCGCUCGGAUUUUCAAAUAAAACGAUUGGGAAGCGAUGCGA